AUGGUGCCGCAGCCGCUGCUCCCGGAGCCCCGCGCCACAGCAUACCACGAGCACUGGCUGCCGCUGCUCGAUGACAUCAGCUUUGUGGUCGCGCUGGCGGGCUGCGAUGCGGCCGCGCUCAAGGGCAUCGGCAUACGGGCCGCAUGCGAGCUGGCAAGCAGCACCAUGGUCCUGCUCGAGUUCCUUGUCACCAACACCUGCUUUGCCACCACCUCAGUCUUGGUCACCGCAGCCGCCGCCGCGGGCCUGCCUGCCAGCUGGCACGGCCAGCAGCUGCUGGCUGCCGACCGGUGUGACGCCGGCGCUGCAGGGGCCCUGGUCCCCGGCGGCCUUGCUGACGUCGUCGCGGCGGAGCUGGCCCGGGCGGGGCAGGAGCACCAGCAACAGGCGCAGCCCCGGCAGUGCGCAUUGCGUGCUGCCGAGAUGGAGCCCGCGGCCGAGGGCGUGCAAGCAGCCGGCGCCGGCCAGGGCGGCGGCGGGGACGACGGCAGCCGCGGGCUCAGCACGCCGACCGCGCCCAUCAUGACGGCCGUGCAGGCCCCUGGUGCUCCAAAGCGAGCCCCCGCUGCGCGCGUCCUCAUGGGCGGCUUCCGCAACGCCGGCUGGCCUGCAGGUGGCGCCGCACCCACAUCUGAUGGCGCCUUUCCCCACGGCCUGAUAGGGCUGGCCGCAAGCUCAGAGGGCCUGGCCGCUCCGAGUGUCGUGCUGCUGUCCCGCACGUGCGUGCCCCCCGGCUUCAAGGAGUGCGCCUUUGCCUUCCUGGUCAAGGGAGUCUCUGCCGGGCAAGGGUCGGACUGCAUCAGCACGCCCCUCCCCGCAGCCGCCAGCUGCCUGCCUGGCUGCCGCGUCGUGCGGCUCGCGGCGCUGGCGGGCAGCGCCCAGCAGGAGGGCGGCGGCGGCGGUUUCUGGGGCAACACGGGAGAGGAUGCAGGGUGCGCCAUGCUGCGCCGUGCGGCCUCGCGCACCCCGCACGCAUCCGCACAGCCGUUUGCUGGUGCGGCGCUGCCGGGCUACCAGGAGAUGCGGUGCACGGUUCUGGUCGAACGCGAGGGCUGCGGUGGGGACGGCGCGGAAUCUUGGGCGCUGUCUUGGGCGCACAUCGCCGCUGGCAGCCCUUCAACCCCGCCCCCGCCUUCGGUUGCCGCGUCAUUCGCGGCCAUGGCUGACGGCACGGUGCUGUUCAACGAGGUCCGCUGCACGCUGCUUGUGAAAGAGGGGACCAUCCAGCUCGCGGGGGCUGCCGCCGCCGCCGCCGGGCCCCCCACCAACAACCCCCAGUGCUCGCAAGGGACGACCUGCGGUGCCGGCCGCGCGCCGCGCGGCAGCGGUCGUCAGGCUGCCCGCCGCCGCUCCUCUGGCCGCGAUGCUGCUCGCCGCCGAUCCUCCGCUUCCGCCGUGGAGCAUACGCGCGACGGGGCCUCCACGUGCGCUGGCCCCCUCCCCUGCCGCCGCCCCGCCGCCCCUUCCUGCGCCGUCGCCGCCGCGACUGUUUGGGGCUGCUGCUCAAGCCCCAGCUGCAGCUGCAGGACGGCCGCCUGCCCGCCUCUGGCAGCGCUGGGGCUGCACGAGCGCCGCGUGUCACUGCUUGUCGCAGCUCCUGCUCUGAGCCUCUCCCCCGACCCGGCGCUGGCGGCGGUGGUGCCGGGCUUUCAGGAGGUGUGGGUGACGCUGCUGGCGCGAGUGUAG